UUUUUACAGAUAAACCAAAGAAAACUCAUUCCAGAUAACUUAUCAGGCAUUACUGUUUGCGAAUGGUAACAAAGAGAUAUGUUAGUACUUGGUAGGUUUGAGUUUCCAUUUUGGUUCUACUGAGACUGGCUCAGCAAAACUAAUCAACAGCUUGUUCUGUCACAAUGAAUGCAAGCGAGUGUUCGUUGUCAACUAGGGUUUUGUAUCCUCAAUGCAACAUAAACCGGCCAAGAACAAAUAUAAGUUCAAUUUCAUUUCCAAAUCAAUCAAAACAGUUUCAUUUCAUUAGAAGAAAACAUCCUCUUUUGCUUCGUUCAUUCGGUGUUAUUCGUAAUGCAAGCUCAGAAACACCUUCUGAAUCUGAUACUACUAGUAAACCUAGUGGGGACGAUUUUAUAACUAGGGUUUUGAAAGAAAACCCUAGCUUAGUAGAACCCAAGUAUUUAGUAGGGAAUAAACUUUAUACUUUGAGAGAAAAAGAAAUAUUGAGUAAUAAAGUUCCUAAUGAAGGGAUUUUGGAAAUUGCAAAACAGUUUUGUGUGAAAUUAGGAUUUAAAAAAGAUGAAAUGGGUGAUGGGAACCAACAAUUUUCUGAUUCUGUGUAUUUAAAAGAUUUAUUAAGGGAAUAUAAAGGGAAACUUUAUGUUCCUGAAGAUGUUUUUCAUGAGAAUUUAUCUGAAGAAGAGGAGUUCAAAAGGGAUUUAGAGAAUUUGCCGCAAAUGAGUUUUGAAGAAUUUCAAAAGGUUUUUAAGACUGGUAAAGUGAAGCUACUGACUUCAAAGGCUGAUUCAGGAAUUUCGUAUAAGUAUGCAUAUAAAGAUUUUAUUGUGGACUUGAAGGAAAUUCCGGGUGAUAAAAAUUUGCAGAGAACAAGAUGGGCAAUGAGGUUAAACGAGAAUGAAGCGAAAUCUGUCUUUGAGCAAUUCAAAGGCCCACAAUAUGAAAUUGAGCAGCAUUUGACAUCAUACACAGGAAGGCUACCCGAGUACCCUCACCCUGUAGCCUCUUCCAUAUCUAGCAGAAUGAUGGUGGAGCUAGGGAUGCUAACAGCUGUCAUGGCUACUGCGGCGACUAUUGUUGGAGGCUUCCUGGCAUCAGCUGUAUUUGCCGUCACGAGUUUUCUAUUUUUCAUGGCUGUAUAUGUUUUCUGGCCCCUAGCAAAACCAAUUCUAAAACUUUCCAUAGGCCUCAUAUCUGCCGUUGGAGAAAGAAUCUGGGAUAAUGUUAUUGAUACUGUUAGUGAAGGAGGGAUUUUCUCAAAAUUAUCUGAAUUCUAUACUUUUGGCGGCCUGUCUUCCAGUCUUGAAAUGAUGAAACCAAUCUCAUUGGUCUUUUUGACCAUGGCUCUUCUUAUCCGCUUUACUCUCUCACGGAGACCAAAGAACUUCAAAAAAUGGGAUAUAUGGCAAGGAAUUGAAUUUGGACAAUCCAAACCACAGGCUCGUGUUGAUGGUUCAACAGGAGUCAGUUUUAAUGAUGUAGCGGGGAUCGAAGAAGCAGUAGAGGAACUCCAAGAGUUGGUGAGAUACUUGAAAAAUCCGGAUCUAUUCGAUAAACUGAAUAUUAAACCUCCUCAUGGGGUUCUUCUAGAGGGGCCUCCAGGAUGCGGAAAGACCUUGGUGGCUAAAGCCAUUGCUGGUGAGGCUGGUGUUCCAUUUUACCAAAUGGCUGGGUCAGAGUUUGUUGAAGUGCUAGUUGGUGUUGGUUCUGCCCGUAUACGUGAUCUUUUUAAGCGAGCCAAGGUCAACAAACCAUCAGUUAUUUUUAUUGAUGAAAUUGAUGCAUUGGCGACUAGGCGUGAAGGGAUUUUUAGCGGAGGCACCACUUCCCAGUAUAAUGCAGCCACUCAGGAGAGGGAAACUACACUGAACCAGCUUCUUAUAGAACUUGACGGGUUCGAUACUGGCAAAGGUGUUAUUUUCUUAGGAGCUACAAACCGUAUGGAUUUGCUAGAUCCUGCUCUUCUUCGUCCGGGUCGAUUUGACCGCAAGAUACGAAUCCGUCCUCCAGGGGCUAAAGGCCGUCUAGAUAUCUUGAAAGUUCAUGCUGGCAAGGUGAAAAUGAAUGCUAGUGUCGAUCUGACUAGUUAUGCUCAGAACUUACCUGGAUGGACCGGUGCAAAACUGGCGCAGUUACUUCAGGAGGCUGCUUUAGUAGCAGUUCGGAAAGGGCAUCAAUCAAUUCUUCAGUCAGACAUGGAUGAUGCAGUUGACCGACUCACCGUGGGUCCCAAGCGUGUUGGAAUUGAAUUGGGUCAUCAGGGUCAAUGCCGUAGAGCAACUACUGAGGUUGGAGCUGCUAUGACAUCUCAUCUUCUGAGGCGGCUCCACGAUGCAAACAUCGAGUUCUGUGAACGCAUAUCUAUCCAUCCACGCAGCGAGAGAUUCUCUCAAAUUGUGUUUCACCGUUUGGAUGACGAGGCAUACAUGUUUGAACGACGGCCUCAGUUGUUGCAACGCCUUCAGGUGUUGCUUGGUGGGAGAGCUGCAGAAGAGAUAAUUUAUGGACGAGAUACAUCUAAGGCAUCUGUUAGCUACCUUGCAGAUGCUAAUUGGCUCGCUCGUAAAAUCUUAACCAUAUGGAAUUUGGAGGAACCAAUGACUGUUCAUGGGGAACCACCUCCUUGGAGGAGAAGUGUCAGCUUUGUGGGGCCUAGAAUGGACUUUGAAGGUUCGCUUUAUGAUGAUUAUGACCUUAUUGAACCGCCAAUUAACUUCAAGUUGGAUGAUGACGUUGCUAAAAGAACUGAAGAGCUAAUACGUGACAUGUACGAAAAAACAAUCUCUCUGCUCAGGAGUCACCAUGCAGCUCUUCUCAAAACCGUGAGGGUUCUUUUGGAUAAUAUGGAGAUCAGUGGAGACGAAAUUGAGUAUAUCCUUGAUAAUUACCCAGCAGAAACACCCUUAAAACUGCUUCUAGAGGAGGAGAAUCCAGGAACUUUGCCGUUUUCUGAGACAGAAAAUGGUCUGGAUUUAGAGUUGUCCUUCCUAGUCCCAUCAGAAGUGGAGAUCUCAUAAUACAGGUGGCUUGUGCUUCCCUGCCUAACUUAUGGUAUAGAGAGAUUGUGCUUCCUAGGAGGUCAGCAUGUAUGGAUUAGCCCAGCUUAGACUAGUGGGCGUGGGAAACCCUCAGGUGAGGCGGACUGGUCAGGAAGGCACAAAAGAGUGUUAUCAACCAGCAAUUUUGUAGUCUCAUAUGCUGAUGGUGUAUAUUAUUUCUUUAAUCUACAGAAUCAUUUGGUAUGAAAGUUGAAAAGGAUCCCUAUACAAAAGGUGUAAUAGAGUUGAAAAAUCAUUUCUUUGCCGGUGUUUCAA